CCCACACAUACCCUCACCAAAAUGACUGCUUUGGGACACACGCUCCCCUUCUAUGCUGGCCCCAAGCCAACCUUCCCAAUGGACACCACCUUGGCUGUCAUCAUCACCAUCUUUCUGAUGGCACUAGUCACCUUCAUUGUCAUCCUGCCUGGCAUUCGGGGCAAGAUGAGGCUGUUCUGGCUGCUUCGGGUGGUGACCAGCUUAUUCAUCGGGGCUGUGAUCCUGGCUGUGAAUUUCAGUUCUGAGUGGUCUGUGGGCCGGGUCAGCACCAAUACGUCAUACAAGGCCUUCAGUUCUGAGUGGAUCAGCGUGGACGUUGGGCUGCAGAUUGGGCUGGGAGGAGUCAACAUCACACUCACAGGGACCCCAGUGCAGCAGCUGAACGAGACCAUCAAUUACAAUGAGGAGUUCACUUGGCACCUGGGUGAGAACUAUGCUAAGGAGUACGCAAAGGCACUGGAGAAGGGGUUGCCAGACCCUGUGCUCUAUCUGGCUGAGAAGUUCACCCCGAGCAGCCCAUGUGGCCUGCACCGCCAAUACCGCCUGGCCGGGCACUACACCUCAGCCACACUGUGGGUGGCAUUUCUCUGCUGGCUGCUGACCAAUGUGAUGCUGUCCAUGCCCGUCCUGGUCUAUGGUGGGCACAUGCUGCUGGCCACAGGCAUCUUUCAGCUGUUGGCGCUGCUCUUCUACUCCAUGGUCACUUCACUCACCCCGCCCUGUCCCCUGUGCCCGGGCACUGCCACACUACACACUCACCAUGGGCCUGCCUUCUGGAUCACAUUGACCACAGGACUGCUGUGUGUGAUGCUGGGCCUGGUCAUGGCAGUGGCCUACAGGAUGCAGCCCCACAGGCUGAAGGCUUUCUUCAACCAGAGUGCAGGGGAGGACCCUGUGCUGGGGUUGAGUCCUGAGGAAGGUGGACUCCUGACCCCCCGCUAUCGAUCCAUACCCGAGAGUCCCAAGACCCCGGACAUCCCUCUAUCGGAAGAUUCCUCUGAGGCAUGCUGUGAGGAGGAGCACACCAAAGAGCUUGACUGUGUCCUAUGACAUUCUUCUGAUGACCACCUGGACUUCC